AUGAAUUGCUGUUUUGAGUAAAAAGAGGAUUUGUAUGAAAUUUUAGAGAAAUCAAAAGAAUUUAAUUAACUAAGCUUCAGUUCUAUAUUUGAAAUUUUGAAAGAAGAGAAAAUUGAAGAAUUGUUAUCAAAAGAUGAAAAUUAAAGGCGUAUUUAAUAAGCUAUUUUACAAGCUGAUAAGUAAUAAAUUUUAUUUUUUGGAAAAGAUAAUAUUUACAAAAUAUCUGAUUUUGUCAACAAAAUUAUUGAUCAUGAUUUUAACAAUGUUAAUUAUUCCUAGGAAAUUUACAGAAUGACUAGACAAAACCUAAUUAUGAAAAUUAAGGAUGAUAACAAGAUCAUUGAAUUUUUAAAAUUUCUCGUUCAUCUCACAUCUAUAGAUAAAAGGUUUGUCUAAUGUGGAUCUAAUUCACUUAACUUAUUAGUUGAGAUGAAAGUUGAUUUCAGAGAAUAAUGCUUUGAAAAUAUAAGUCUGAAAGAUACUUCUUUGAUAGGUGGAAAUUUUGUAAGAUGUAAUCUAAGCGGAUCUGUAUUUGAAAAUGUAGAUAUAAGUGGGAUGAACUUAAAUGGAGCAUAGUUAUUUAAUUGUCAAUGGAGGAAUAUAAAAAUACAUGAGCUGAAUAAGUUGAAUGGUCAUACUAGUUAUGUCUAUUCAGUGUGCUUUUCUCCUGAUGGUACUACAUUAGCAUCAGGUAGUAAUGAUAAGUCUAUUCGUUUAUGGGAUGUGAGGACAGGAUAGUAAAUAGCCAAAAUAAAUGGUCAUAAUAGUUAUAUCUGGUCAGUAUGCUUCUCUCCUGAUGGUUAAACAUUAGCAUCUGGUAGUGCAGACAACUCAAUCCGACUAUGGGAUAUUAAAACUAAACAAUAAAAACUUAAACUAGAUAAGUAUAGCGAUAAAGUUUGGUCAGUAUGCUUCUCUCCUAAUGGUAUGAUGUUAGCAUCAGGCAGUUCUGAUAAUUCUAUUCGUUUAUGGACUGCUAAAACAGGACAAGAGAAAGCUAAAUUAAAAGGUCAUAGAAAUAGAGUUUUUUCAGUCUGUUUUUCUCCUAAUGGAACUACUCUAGCUUCUGGUAGUUAUGAUAAAUCUAUCCGUAUAUGGAAUUCAAAGGGAGGAAAAAAAAUAAAAAAACUAGAUGGUCAUGAAGGAAUAGUAUAUUCAGUAUGCUUCUCUCCUGAUGGUACUUCAUUAGCAUCUGGAAGUGAUGAUAAAUCUAUCCGUUUAUGGGAUGUUAAGACAGGAUAAUAAAAGGCCAGAUUCGGUUGUCGAACCGAUAGAGUUUGGUCAGUAAGCUACUCUCCUGAUGGUACUACAUUAGCAUCUGGGAGCGAGGAUAAGUGUACCCGCUUAUGGGAUGUUAAGACUGGGCAAUAAAAAGCAGAAUUAGGUGGUUUUGAAGGAACUGUCUAUUCAGUAUGCUUCUCACCUGAUAGUACUACAUUGGCAUCUGGUAGUUAUGAUAAGUCCAUUCGUGUAUGGGAUGUUAAGACAAUACAAUAAAAAACAAACCGAAAUGGUCACACUGGCCCUGUUAGAUCAGUAAAUUUCUCACCCGAUGGUGCUAUAUUAGCAUCAGGUAGUUAUGAUAAGUCCAUCUAUAUCUGGAAUGUUAGGACAGGAGAGUAAAAAUUAAAAUUAGAAGGUCACAGUGAUUUUGUCAUGUCAGUAUGUUUCUCAUCUGAUGGUACUACAUUAGCAUCUGGCAGUUAGGAUUAAACUAUUCGUUUAUGGGAUGUAAAGACAGGUCAAUAAUAAGUCAAAUUUGAUGGUCAUAGUAAUACUGUCAUGUCAGUAUGCUUCUCUCCAGCUGAUAAUAUAUUAGCGUCUGGCAGUUAUGAUAAUUCUAUUUGUUUAUGGGAUGUUAAGACAGGGCAUUAAAAAGUAAAAUUAGAUGGUCACAAUGACUGGGUCCUUUCCGUAAACUUCUCACCUGAUGGAGCUACAUUAGUAUCGGGUAGUUACGAUAAGUCUAUUUUUAUAUGGAAUGUUUAGACAGGAAAAUAAAUAGCCAAAUUAGAUGGUCAUUCAUCAACAAUUUAUUCAGUUAAUUUCUCUCCUGAUGGUAAAAUAUUAGCAUCUGGGAGUAAUGAUAAGUCUAUUCGGUUAUGGGAUGUGAAAACUGGAAACUAAAAAGCCAAAUUAGAGGGUCAUACAUAUGGAGUCCAUUCAGUGUCCUUUUCACCUGAUGGUACUAUAUUAGCAUCCGGUAGUUACGAUAAGUCUAUUGGUUUAUGGGAUGUUUAGACUGGAGAAUAAAAGUCCAAAUUAUACGGUCACAGUGAUAAAGUUUAGUCUUCUUGUUUUUCGCCUGAUGGUACAAUAUUAGCAUCUAGUAGUGAUGAUACAUCUAUUCGUUUAUGGGAUAUUAAGUCAGGAUAAUAUAAAUCAAAAUUAGAUGAUUAUAGUGAUAGAGUCAGUUCAGUUUAGUUCUCUACAGAUACUAAUAUAAUAGCACUCGGCAGUUCAGAUACCCGUAUUCGUUUCUGGAAUGUACAAACAGGAUAAUAAAUCUUACCCUCAGAUAAUAGUUUUAAAGGUAUUCAGACAGCAUUUAAUAACCAAAAUUUUUCAGGCAAGCCUAAUUCAGAAGGUGGUUAAAGAGUGUAAUUUUAAAUAGCAACCUCUAAUGUUACUCUUCUUAUUAUAUCUAAAUAACCAAUAUUUCAAGCUCAAGGAGCUUUGAUUCUCAAAGGAGAAUUUGUAAAUUAUUAUGGAGUAGAUUUACGUUCAUUAUUCAAAGAGAAAGGAAGCUUAAUUUUGGAGGAUUAAAUAGAAUAUUCAUUUAAAAAAAAUUGA